AUGUCCUUGGGACAGAUAUUAAAUAUACCUUCGAUUGUGCGACAACGUCGUUUUGAUAUGUUCAAAUCAAGAGAUGAAUUUAUUCAUUUGGCUGAAAAUUAUAUACGACAUCGUAAACCGUAUAAUUACAAAGUCUAUCGACCAUACGUGCCAGGAUCGAAAGCCCCAGCUAGUGGAUUUGGUAACAAUUAUGUUGCUAAUAUAUUACAAUCGUUACAGUUUUUAAAUGCUUAUGUGAAACCAACAACGGAGGGCCCCAAAGAAUCCAUAAUACAGACUUCUAGUGCUGCUCCGCAAGUCAAUAAAGAAAAUGUUGAAAACUCAACAGCAUCAAAUAAUUUCGAGCAGACUUCUGAAGCGUCACCACAAAAACCUACAACGGAGUUACCCAUCGAAACAACAACAAUCCUUAGUGGAAACCCAUCUAAUGUUGGAUUGAAUAAUAAUGAAACCACAAAUAGUUCGGAAGUGUUUACCACCACUAUUGUACCCUCACUAGAUGGUAAUACCGAAUCUUCAGUAUCGGAAUCUACAACGGAAAAUAUUGAGACCACUACAAUCUACGAAAGUACUACAACUUCAGAGCCAGCCGGAGAGACUACCACAGAUCAAACUCCAAUUGAGAACUCCACAAUUGAAAAUGGCGCCCAAUCUCAUACUACCACAGAAAAUAUUGAAUCAAGUACAACAUCUUAUAUUUCAACAACAGAAGAAAAUCUAAUAUCAGAAAGCGCACACUUUCCUGAAAAUAUCCUGACGGAACAGCAUAUCCUUGAAUCUACUACUCAAUCUAUUGGCAGCACAACAACCGAGGGUUAUGAUACCACAACGCAAAUAGAUUCCUUUGAAACCACUACAUAUGCUGAAUAUGAUUCAACCACCCAAUCAGGAUCCACUGAAACCACCACAACACGUGGAUAUGACUCCACAGCCCAAACUGAUUCCGCAGAAGCCACCACAACCAAUGAAUAUGAGUUCACAACUCAUACAGAUUCCUUUGCAACCAAUCCAUAUUCAGAAAAUUUAAUUUCAAAAACAGAAACAGAUCCUUCUACGAUCAUCGAGAUUAAUUACGAAGAUUCCACAACAUCGAAAACAUCUACGGAAAGCUAUUCUACAACUGAAAUUACCCCCGAAGAAACCAAUCCAACCAUAAACCUGGGAUAUGAAACCACCACAGAACACGUCAUUAAUUUAACAACUGACUCAGUAACGACAGAAAAUUAUCAGGAAGCCACCACAGAUUCCUAUGGGAUCGCUAAUGAACCUCAACAGUCUACCACCGCAAGCUUGACAACAGAAAAUUAUUGGGAGGAAACUACAGAUUCAUAUUCCACGACGGACACACUCACUGAGUCCACCACAACUUCUACAAUGCUUCUGGAUUCGAGCACAACAGAAAAACCUCAUGAUGAAACCUCAACAGAGAACAUUUCAGAAUUUACAUCAACAACUGAACCGCUGGAUAUCUCUACCGAAGAAACUACCUCGGCAAAAUAUGAUGAAACCACUGAAUCAAGUACCGAAUAUACUAUAGAUCGUACAACAACCGUUGAACCCCAAGAAACAACCACUUACAGUUCUGUAGAUGAAGAACCGAUGAGCGAUUCAGCUCAAUACGCUGAAACAACAACAACAGGGUCAGAUUUUCAGACAACAACUGAAGACAUUUUUGCAACAACAACGAUAGAAAAUGUUCUUGAUAUUUCAUCUCCCCCAAAAAAGGAUGAAGAAUUCAAACCACAGUUCGAUGAUUCGACCACAGACUCUAUUAAUUAUACGACAACAGAGAAAGCGUUAUUAGACGCUGCAAUGACUGAGCAGAACGGUGUUACCACAGAAGGUGACGUCUAUGAGAGUACAACCGAUAAUACCGCUCCCAAUUUCACCACGGAAGAAAGUAUCUCUGAAAGCACAACAGAUUCCAUUACUGAUAAGCCGACAACUGUGACAAGUGAUGAUUUCACCACAGAAUAUUCAUCAACUGUUUCAAUUAUCGAUAAUGCUACCACGGAAAUGCAUCAAGAACCCACCACCGAAGAAGGACUCGCCGAAAGCACGACAACUUCUAGUAACGAUGAAGCUAUCGUCAAAAUAAAUUACGAACUUACAACAGAAGAAACGCUCUAUGAGAGCACAACAUCAACCACUGAAGAGAACACAACAGCAUCAACUAACGACAAGACUACCACAGAAUUAAAUGAAGAUCUCACCACCGAAGAAGCAAUCUCCGAGAGCACAACAGCAUCCACUGUCGAUAAUACUACCACAGAGAUAACAGAGGAUCUCACCACAGAGUCGAUAAUCACAACAACUGAGAAACAAAACUCAACAGAAAGUACGACAAAGCUUAAUGAAGAAAUCACAACAACCCAACUGCCAUUGAACGAUUCCGAAGUAAACACCGAACGAUCUCAAAAUGAACCCCUAAAUUUGAAUAAUCUUGAGAAAGUAAAUCAGUUUGAUCACAUUCAAACCACCACACCAAGAGAAGAUUUGCCAAUUCUUAAAGACAAAUCAUCAAGAUCUUUACCAAUGGUAGCAUCAUAUCGCAAACCGAAAACCAUAAGAUAUUCAACUGAUGUUAUGCCUUCUCUAGAUUAA